AUGGCUCGUCGGCACAGGAGGUUCCUAGAAAUAUUAUUCAUCAAAGUUUGAUAUCAAUUCUGUAGGUCGAAAGUUACGCGGGUAGUGAAUUUGGUGAAAAAGAUCAUCGCAUUUUUCUUCUCCCACAUUGGUUUGUGUGCUUUGGUAAGUUUAAGAAAAUCCCAAGUGUAGUCAUCAUCAUCAUUUAUUCAAUACGAAUAAUAAUACAGUUCAAGGGCCGAAAAGACCUCUAACAGAACCAAUUUUCAAAAAAGGAAAUUUAAACAUUGAAAAACAGCAACAAACCGUUUAAAAAGUUAGAAGAUAUUUUAAGAAAGUCAGCGAGAAGAUGGGGGUUGUUUUCUAAAUAGAUUUUGAAUCGCAUAUAAUCAUUACAUAGAUCAAAUACAACAUCGGGAAGGGAGUUCCAAACAUUAAUUAUUCUGAUACUAAAAAACGAGGCAACAAUGUUACUAUUAUGUCUUAUAUUUGAACGUAAAUAAUAGCGAUGGCGACGCAGCGCACGAACACGGGGGAAAAAGAAGAGACUAUCGAAAUCAAUGGGGACUUCUCUAAGUACAAUUUUAUAAACAAGAGACAUGUCAAAGAUGAGGCGUCUUGUCUUAAAAGUUUUGAGACUAUUUUAGUCGAGUAAAAACGACAUUUUAUUUAGAUUAAAUUGGAAUGAUUUUGCAUUUUAGGUUGUCGGAUACGCCCUACUCGGAGCCGUUAUUUUCCAAGCUGUGGAACUUCCAAAUGAAGAAAAGGUUUGGUUUGUAUUAACUUACAUUAUAUUUUCUGGUGAAGGUUCAAUCGAAGUUUAUUACGUUGGUUCAGAAUCUAUGCUUUUAAGAAAGCGAUGAUAUCUCAGGAAAUUGUUGCUUUUCAAAGUCGUAAAAAAGCGGUUGUCUAACCAUUUCAAGCUUUUCUUUACUAGAGAUGCUUAACAACGCGAGUAACGCUGCGGAAAACUUACCUAAUUUUUCAUAAAACUAUUCAUAACUAAUUCAAUUCAUAAACUAACUAAUUUAAUAUUAAUAUAUAUUGAAUUAAUUCAUUUCAUAAUUUUGAGCACUUUUGCGAAACCAACGUAAAACCUGAGGCCGUAUGCAAUAAAGGGCAAAAUGGUUUACCGCCAUUUUCCUGAAACUCGUAAAUGGCUACAAUUAGUCUUUUUAGACUGAAAUUGUUUCUUCUCUGUCAGAAUCUUUUUAUAAAGCCUUAUUACUUUAGAUAGAGUCGAAAACCAUUAUAUCCUAGCGAGUUUAAGGUCUUUUCAAUUUUCAGGAAAAUGGUGGAAAAUCAUUUUCCACUUUAUUGCAUACGGCCUCUGCAUCCAAUAAACAGUUCUCAUUGAGAAAUGGGUUCGUGAAUUAAGACAAAUUUUUGUUAAGUUCAAACUAAUUUUGAGAAUAAGGCGAAGCUGUCAAAAAUAUACAGUACUGAGCGAAACUUUUGAUAAAAAAAAUGUUUUUUGGUAAAUUUUGAGCUCAACUAACUGCAAAAAUUCCCUAGGCUUUUGGUCGAAAUGAUCGAAAAACUGCAGAAAAAUUAAAGUAGUUUUGAGACACGAGGGUGAGCCAAUUUUUAUUCUUUGUGCCUACUCUAAAAAAAAUGAAGGUGUACCCCGCGUUGGACCUGCAGGUCCCUGGAUGGCGUGCACCCCUGGGGCGACCGGUCGGAAAUAAGAAGUUGCUUUUAAGCUACCGUAACAGCCUAGGAUGAUACCCUAGGUAAUAGUUAUAUUGGGAAACAAAACACUUCGAAUUCGUGUGCGGAAUAAGUAUCUGUUAAAGCUUUACGGGGUACAACCAAUGGUUACACUGUGGGGUGUACCGCAACAUUUGUUAGAGUAGAAGUUUGUACAGUAUUCCAAGUUUUUCUCUUAAAAACGCGAUGUUCAAUUGAACUCCAAUAUAUGAAGGCUCCUUAAUUUAUUUAUUCGUCUUUCGAAGUAAUAUCAAGUUUAGAUCCAACUGGAGAUCAAGCAAGCUCGGCAAAACGCCGUCGACGUUGUUUGGGACACGACUUUCAGUGUGAAUCGUCUUGACGCCAAACAGUGGCAACAGACUGUGUUCCGAGAGGUUUUUUAUUGACUUAAUUUUUUGUUCUUUGUAAUUGAAAAAAAUUUGUGGUAUGGCGGCUUUGACUUUUCCGCUUUUUUCUGAAAACAGAGAAGGCCUUAAAUAUGCCAUUAGUUUAUUUAUUUGGAACUUCUCUGGUGUGAAAAAAAGGUUUAUAAGAACAUUCAGACAGGGAAGGACAAUUUUUCAGUUGAGAGAAGACUAAUUGAAGUCAUUUUUGAUUUUCAGAAAAAUCGCGGUAAAUCAUUUUGCACAUUAAUGCGUAGGCCUCGAAGAGGAAAUCAAGACAAAAUGAAAACAAUUGAAAAAUCAGGAAUUGACUUGAUUAUAACUUUAUUUUUCUCUGUGAAAUUUGGUUGAAAGAUGACUUUUUUUCGAAAAUCUGAUUUAAAAAAACAGAUUUGCCAUCAAAUUUAGCCGAUAGCUUACGGAUAAAAUUUUGUAAAAAUUUUUUGUUCUUGUAAAUUUUUUGAAUCUUACAACGCAGGAACAAUUUUGAAUUGAAAUUUCUAACUUGUCAGGUCAAACGAUUCCAAAACAAGUGCAUAAACGCGAUAAAACGGGGAUACGAUGGGAAGGAAUUCGGCCAACAGGCUCAGUGGACCUUCACGGGGGCCUUUCUCUACAGUUUGACGGUUAUCACAACUAUCGGUUGGUUUCAGAGAACCUUUAUGCUGAUUCUGGCCUAACUUUUCGUUACCUUCGAAUUGAAAUUCACGAAUUCAGGCUAUGGAAACACUUCGGCGAAAACAAACUUUGGGAAAACGUUGACCAUGUUGUACGCAAUCAUUGGGAUCCCGUUGAUGCUUCUUUUCUUGACUAACAUUGGUGACGUCAUGGCUAAGAUCUUCAGGUUGGAAAGGGCUUCAAAAGAAAAUUGAAAUUUUAAACCGUUUUGCUCGUCUUCUUCCUGCUGUUUUAGAAGAUUUUGACCAGAAACGAGUUACUGGGAUAAGUUUUAGGGGGCCCUAUAGGGGGUAAAUUAGGGCCCCUUGGAGGGGGCCCUAUAGGGGUCCCUAAAUGAAACCCUAUAGGGACCCCUACGAAUUUUUUUAGGGGUCCCUUUAGGGGGGCACGGAAAAAUUUCUGAAAUAGCUCCGGGAGAAAAAUAGAGAAACCCUUAUUGAAUGCGAAUCGUUAACACAUCCGCAGUAAACUCAUCUCAUUGCGUUUGAAACUGUUUCCAAAUUUAUUGAAAGGAAUUGAAAAACAUUAAAAAGCAAUCAGGAUCAUCAAUGGAAACAGAUAGACAUAAGUAACAAAAACAACGAGCAAAAAAACUGAAGAUAUGUAUACGUAACAGGAUAUUCGAGGAAGCAAAAAAACUUUUUGGCCGUAAAAGACCCGUAUAAAUAUUUGACACGUCUAAAUCACAGCCAACGGAAACCGUAUAGAUCAAUCUAAUAGAAGCUCUUCAAUACAAUAAAGAUACGCCUAAAGCAUAUUGAUAUAAGCGCUACUUGCGAAAAAAUAGAAGAAAAACGCGUUGUGUCAAGGCAAAUGGUUGGGCAACUUUCAAUAAAAAACGUUGGGACUUCCGACACGGAAACGGUUGAAACUACUUAGAUAAGGGGCAAAAAGUUUGGCACAUAUAAAAAAGAACAAUUGAACAGUGAGCAAAAAACAACCAACGUUGACAUUUGAAAGCAACUUAGUGAAUUGCUCGGCCCGCGGUAAUCUUCCGUUGAUUCUGGUUCAUAUGGCGGCUCGAAAUUUCCGUCGGCUGAUUCCGUGCUUCUACGAUCAUUUAUCAUUAUCAACAUUUUCGAUAUACCUUUCAGAAUCUUCAUCGCUGCUGUAGAACCAAUGCGCAUCAAUAAAAUCCGCGGCAUCUUAAUAAAAAAUUAAGUCUUCUUUAACGAUCAAUAAUCAAAUAGAAUAUAUAAACACGCAUUUACAUCAAAAAAACCUCCAACAAACAUCAUCUACCGGUGAAUUUCUAACGGUUUCACACAAUCCAGUAGACCAAUUAUACAUAGACGAAACUCUGAAAAAUACCAAAAAUAAAAAAAUACUCUGAACAUAUUUACACAAACCAAUAUAUCAAUUGUACAUAAACGAAACACUGAAAAAUACUGAACCAAUGUACAGAUUGCCGUGUUAACUUUUAUGGAGCACAAAAAAAAACGCACAAAUCAUUAUAAUACAAUUUGAAACCAUAACGAAAAAAUCCUACUGACAACUCGUUCGUGAAUAACGUAUUACUUCCUUAAUUAAAGCACCACAGAAAUUGAUGAAAUAUAAAUACAAGUUAUAAAGUUAAACUAAAACUGAGUCGACUGAGUCAACUCAAAAACUUAGAAAAAUGAGAAAGAUAUUUAAAAACCACGUUCGUUCCAAAGGGGUCUUCGCGACCCCUUGAGGGUCUUGCAAUUUUUUUAGGGGAGCGAUUUAGGACCCCCUAUAGGGGGCCCUAGGGAUUUCCCCCUAAAAAGGCCACUUGCAGACCCCCUAUAGGGCCCCCUAAAAUCGCGACCCCCUAGAGGGCCCCCUAAAACUUAUCCCAGUUUAGAGUGGUAAAAACACCGAAAACUACGACCAGAAAAAUAGCAAAAAUGAUUCGCAGUCAGCAGGAUUCGAACCUACGCGGGCAGAGCCCAAUUGAUUUCUAGUCAAUCUCCUUAACCACUCGGACAUGACUGCUGCGGCAGGCGGCGCUAAACAAACCGUAGGCACCUGUUACAGAUUCCUCUACGCACAGUCGAUUCGUCUCAAGUUUCGGCUAAUUUUGUGGCAUAAAAAGAGAAAAGUGAAGUUUGAGACGUGACUUCGAAAAAAUUUUCAAACUUUAGGCGGCAAAAAUUAGACGAGCGAAUUCUUUGGUUUCCCGUCUAACGAGAGGUCAUCGCGUCAAGGCGGAAUCGUCCAUCGACUCGUUUGGAUUGGGUUAAUUUUGCUUCUUCUCAAAAAAAUCAUUGUAGUUGUCUGUUGUGCUGUUUUUUCAAGAAAGAUGAAUUUUUCUGAAUUGUAAUUUUAGGGGGAGCUGACGUUGAAGAUUUGCUCACCGCUCGUGUCGAAAUGGAACAACUGGAGGUUUUUUUAAAAAUAUCACCACUUUUUUUCGCAAAAAAAUUUUUUUUUAUAUCAACUUGCUUCCUUGGAAAUAAUAUUGAGCUGAAGAAUCAAUUCAAUUUUUUUAUAGUUUUUUGACAAAAAAAUGAACCUUUUUAGCAAACUAAAUUCUCAAACAUUUAAAAGUACCAUCUAGCAAAAAAAGGACCUAAAAAAAUUCAGAUUGAUUAACAACUUUUUUUCAAUUCUUCAUUUGCCUAUCAUUCUGAUAAUUUUUCACUAUUAAGGUCCGAGAAACAGCCGCGGCUCAACUCGAAAACAUUUCUGUACCUGUCUCCUUGGUCAUUGUCACCAUGAUCACUUAUUUAUUAGCCGGUUCGUUAAUUUUUUCAGUGCUUUCAAGUUACAAAAAAAGUUCAGGUACGAUUCUGUUCAGCAUCUGGGAGGAGUGGUCGAUUUUGGAGAGCUUCUACUUUUGUUAUAUUUCUUUGACAACUAUUGGUGAGAAAUAAUUAGUUCGCAUUCAAGUUAAGUAUAUAGUUGUUUAUUACAUGAGGUUUUCGAAGCACUCUAUUUGAAAAUGCAAUAAUAUUUUUUCGUUAGCGGGAAAAUUUAUUUUCUAGAUUUUCCGAGGGACAGCUUUUAAAUGGGUGACUUAGGGACUCUAGAGCGGUUUCUAUUGGGGCAACCUUAGGGGCUCUUGGUCCCUCUAGACUAUUUUAGCAACUCCUAUGGGGGCCGCUAAGGCUUGAAAAAGUGGGCCCUUGGAGGGGUUUUAGUUAGUGGGCCCUAUAGGGGAAAUGCUGGUAGAUAUUCGUUAUAAACUAUAUGCGAAGAAGCUUUUCCAUGCGAAAAGGAGCUAAGGGGACAAGAACUGUUUGUUUCCCUCACCCCUAUAGGGACAACUCUGGAAUUCCUAAGGAUAUUACCUCCAAGUUGAAAUAGACGAUUCACUUUUUUCUUUCAUUUUUUUCCCUUUUCAAGACUGUGUCAAUUUGAAGCUAAAUUUUUGGAUUGGAUGCAGAUUCUCAAAUCAAGACCCAUAUACUUUUUUUUUCACCCAUGGCUUCCUUUUUUUCAGUUCAAAAUUUUUCAGGAUUUGGUGACAAAUUUCCCGGCGGUUCGGUUGGCGUCGACGAAGAUGCACAGGAGCAGCUGGUCAUUACAAGCAUUUAUUUGCUUUUUGGCAUGGCUCUUCUCGCUAUGUGCUUCAAUUUGGCCCAGGAGGAGGUUCAGAACAAAACGAGGUGUGUUUUUCAUGGUUUUCAAGAAUAAUAUUAAAUAAAAAAAUGUAUACGCGAGGAAAAUGAAUAAGAACCCAAGAGAUUUAGUUAUUGAACUUUUGAUCUGAACUGGCUUGAAAUUUUUCCAAAAAAAUAUUUUCCUAUAAAUAUGAGGCCGUGUUCAUGAUAGAGAAAAAAAGGUUUUUCCUGAAAUAGGAUAAAUUGGUUAGAUGUUCAGAUUUGAAAAUGUGAUUUUUUUCAAAUAAUGAUUAGAACCAUUGUGGAAUUGAAAAUAUCUGUUCAAUAAAAUUAUGUGAAGUCAAAAAAGAAGCGUUUUUCCAAUCUUUUCUACCGGAUCUGAACCACUAAGUGACCACUCAAGUUGCUUAGCACCCCUAUAGUGAUCAUAUGAAGUAGUCAGUAACCUUCCCAUAAGAGAAUUGCGCCUAACUCUUCAAGAAAAAAAAAAAGAAAACACAAUUCUUUUCAUAAUUUUAAAAUUUUCACGGUUUUUGGUUUGCAGGGCCUUUUUGAAAUCAAAUUAUCUUAUUUUAUCAUAUUGGCGCACAAAACAUUUUUCUGGUUGAAACCGUUCUUCGGACAUUUUAUUCUAUUUCAUUUCAGAUGGAUCGCCAACAAGUUCCGAUCAAACGAUGACGACGAUGAUUGA